CAUCUGUGUGUGCCACAGUCUGGCAGAGCCGCCGUAUUGACGACAACUCGCCGAGGUUUCGCAUUUUUCAGCCUGAACCGAAUGUCAUUUUCAACUUUUCCCGUCGUCACAAUCAAUCGAGCUAGCGAAAACUGUACUCUCUAGGUGAUAUCGGUUUCGCAGAUUAGCCCAAACUUAAAAAUAACCGCGGUGCGAGAUUCAGUGUUCAGCUGCAUUUGUGCGAAUUGCAGACGGAAGCGAAAGCUAUGCGCCAGUAGUGUGUUCUGUGGUUGUGGUUGGAGCGCACUCACUGAAGGGAAAUUUUCGUGGCCGGAGGUGGCGAUCUCGGGUUUCGCUCUUGUUUGCAACGAUUCAAAGGAACGGAACGGGAGCCGACAAGGAUGGCAUCGCCGCUGGAGCAUUACGUGAACCAUGUUCGCUCGAUGAGUAGCGCUGGAAACUUCCGGGAGCUGGUCGAGUAUCUGAUGGAAUCGAGAGAAUUGCUGUCCAAGAACGGGAGCAUUCUGGAUAAUGUGCUGGAAACACUCGAUAUACAGCAGCACUCGCUGGGAGUGCUGUUCGUGUUGGUAGUCAAAUUCAACGAGCCAAAUAAUCACGACGACACCGAAAAUGUUCUUAGAGUUGUGAGAGAGUUUAUUACGUUGUGCAACGGAGAGCAGGUUAGAUUCGCAACACAACCAUAUUUCGCGCUCUGUCACCAGUUAACCGCCGCGCUGGUCAAAAACAAGCAGUACACUAUCCAGGGCAUCCAGGUGCUAGUGCUGGCGGUGGAGAAAAUCCGCUUGCGCUCCACCCAGCUAACCCCCGUCCACGCCGACCUCUGCCAGCUGUGUCUGUGCGCGAAGGUGUUCAGUCCGGCGCUCCGCUUCCUGGAUGUCGACAUCACGUCGAUCGCAAACGCCGAGGACAGCAACUACGACACCAAGUACUUCCUGUUGUACUACUAUUACGGCGGGAUGCUGUACACGGCUGUCCGGAAAUACGAGCGCGCACUGUACUUCUUCGAGACGGCCAUCUCGACGCCUGCCCUGGCAAUGUCCCACAUCAUGCUAGAGUCGUACAAAAAAUACAUCCUUGUCUCGCUGAUACUCCACGGGAAGGUGGUGCCGAUACCGAAGUAUUCCUCCCAAGUGAUCGCCCGUUUCAUGAAGCCCCUCAGCCACGCGUAUCACGAUCUGUCUAGCGCAUACCACAGCUCGAACUGCGACGAGGUGCGGAAUGUGGCCAACAAGUACCGGGAAACGUUCAUUCGGGAUACGAACAUGGGUCUGGUGAAGCAAGUCGUCGCAUCGUUGUACAAAAAGAACAUCCAACGUCUGACCAAGACGUUCCUAACGCUGUCGCUAGCCGAUGUGGCCAGUAGGGUGAAGUUGUCGGGACCUGUCGAGGCGGAGAAAUUCAUUCUCAAUAUGAUAAAAUCUGGUGAAAUUUUCGCCUCAAUAAAUCAGAAAGAUGGCAUGGUGGUGUUCAAGGAUAACCCAGAGAAAUACGACAGCCCGGAUAUGUUUCACAAAGUGCAACGGGAAAUCAGUCGCGUGAUGGAGAUGAAUAAUUUGCUCCUCAAAAUGGAGGAAGAAAUAAUGCUCAAUCCUUUGUAUGUCAAGAAAUCGAUGGGUAACCAGGAAGAUGAUAUUGCCGGCGGCCAGCAUUCGAAGUCGUACUCCGGUGAUCCCACCGAAUAAUGCAGCCAGCAGGUGGACUCAACUCAAUCGACUGAAACCGGAAGCUAGCAGUAAUGGUAGUAGCAUAAACAAGCAGCAGAUACAAAAAAAAAAAGUGACAAACCUCAUAUAUGCGUGAGCAAAAGAAUUCAGCCAAUUCAAUCCUGCAGCAGAUUCACACACACAAAUAUAUCGUUAAUUAGCAAGCAGUGCAGCGCAGAGAUAGGGGGCAAACCUAGCAAAACUAAUCUGCGAAAUCUAAACCAUGAUUUUAACCGUAAUUGCAGGAAAUCAUAUUUUCUAAAUUCAACAAAAAAAAAAAGCGUCUGUCGGGGCUUAAAUUCACAUUCACAUACACACAAGUAAUUAACGUAAUUAAUUGAAGAAGCAUAACAAAACGAGAAACAAGGUGCGAAUAGAGCAGAAGGUCUGCUUCACUUGAACUUUAAGUUAAACGAAAGCUUUGUUAUAUACAAUCUAAGGGAUGUGAUAUGACAAUUUGCAAUCAAAAUCUUUGAUCGGCAGUUGUUGUACAUACAUGUCGGAGUAAAACUGAAUGAAGUUCUCCAUGGUGAGCCAAGCGACACUAGGCCGAGAGAGCUUUGACCAAUCUGAACAAACGACCGAAUGGAAAAAGCAUAUGGCGGAUGAGAAGCAACAUACAAAUGGAAAUAAAAGAAGUGACAACGCUGAUCCUCAUCACAAAAAUCGCCAGCCAAGGAAGAAAUGUACGAAUAAGUCCAGCUCAGUGUUCGGAUUGGUGAAACGUCUAUCGGUUUCGUGUUUCACAGACACCAGAGAGACAAGCAAAACCAAGUGACUAAAAAUUGCUGUUAUCGUUUGCUAUGACGGAAUGACGAGAGAGAGAGAAAUACGGAGAAAUGAUAGAACAUAUUCGCGGGCGAGUGAUUGGGCAUUUUGAGAACGAAAGACAGUGUACGAAAGCUUGAGAGUAACGGACGAAAAUGUGAGAUUUGAAAGAGUUCUCUCAAUAAAAUUAUGUGAAAUUAUCGCAAAAAUA